AUGCCAGUGUUACAAUGGAUGCAUAAUAUUGAUGAGCCUUGUUACGUAACUGUGCUAAGCUUGUCUACCUUGAGGUCCAACUCAAGGGAAGAUGCUUUCAAGUUGGCUUCUGAGUCUGGAUAUUGCAUUAUACUGGGAUCAUUUUGGAAUUGUGUGUUUAAUCUCUUCUGUUAUGGACCUGAAUUGCCAUUCCGAAAAGGAUAUAUUGCUUCGAAGCUUUCAAAUAUUAACAAAGCAUUCUGUGCCUGGGAGCUUCCGUCUGAUAUUGAUUUAUCUGGCUGCAAGUGUCAUUGUGGAGAUUGUCUCUUAACGGAAGAGCUGUCAAAGGAUGCUCUUCCUGAAUGGAUUGAUUGGCAGCUGAAGAAAGAGAUUGUCUUGGGUUUUGGAAUUUUAAGCAGUGACCUGGCUGCCCUACUUUGUGAACCAGAUGAAAAUGGUGGAUUUACACUGAUAAGGCUGUUGUCAUCUGGAAAGUUUGAAUUGCAAAGAUAUCAUGCUUGUCGGGCUUCAACUAGGAACUUAGAUCAUUGCCACAAAGAAGAAUUAUGGCUGGACAAACACUUGCAUCCCUUCAGUGAGGAGGAAUACAAAUUUCAAAAAAGAUUUCAUUACCUAAAAUUGGCUUACCUUCAGGCAUAUAUUAGUGAUAGUCUUUCUAAAUUGCUACACAGGAAACUAGAAAAGAGUCACAUGCAAACUCGACAGAAGGAAUCUUCUGCGAGUAAAGUGCAUGAGUUUUUGUGUGAGAAAUUAAAUGCUUGUGGGUUUGGUCGGUUAAGAUCAUCUGCUGCAACUGCUGCUGUCUUUAAAGAUAUAAAACCACCAACAAGCCUUCAUGAAGUUGCUUUAAGGAGACUUUGGGCUGACUUGCCUAUGGAGGUGUUACAAUUGGCAUUUUUGAAUUAUUCUCAAUGUCCGCAAGUUGUAAACAAACAUAAGAUAGCUUUAGAUUUCUUAGUUUUACCCGAGCUUCCUCAGUUGCCUCCAUUCUUCUUACGGAAAUCUUCACACCACAAUAAUGAUGACAUUGUGGGUCCAGUUAGGCCAUUUCCAUUUCUACUUGUGCUAAAUGAAUUUUACAACGGGUGCUCAAAUUUGGAAGAUGAUGAGUUUUCCAUAGAAGCAGAGCUUGGCCUCAAGUACAAUGAAGUAAUGAAGGUGGCUAGUAACAUAACUGUUUCAACUGAUUGCUCUACGGAGAUAUCUCUUUCUGAUGAUCAAGAGGAAGCUUGGGAUGUCCAGGGAGCAGACAAAGCUCUUGGACAAGAGGUAUUUGAUAAUCAUUGCCCUGUUGAGUUGAGUCUUCAUGCUCCAUUGGAAAUCUCUGAACCUCAAGGUUUAAAAGCAUAUAAUCUACUGAAGAAACAUAUGUCAAAAUGA